AUGGAGAGGUUUAUAGCUGAUGAUCUAGCCGCUCGAAAUGUAAGUUUGAACACUAUUUAUUUCUUGGACAUUUUUGGAUCAUUUUCUACCUUUUUGUCGAAGUUUUUUAGUAGAACAACAACAUGUGUAUGUAGUAUUAUAUGGCUGUAGAUUACUUGUAAGCCCUCAUGUUUCACCCACAAUAAUUUUAAAAUAUAUUCGAUAACCUAUAAGUGUGCUUCAUAAAUAAUUGACCAUGUACUUAUGGCAUGCCAUGAUGCUGGUUUAGUAUUCUGAGUGAUUUAAGACUUUUUACAUUUUUUGGCAUAAUUUUUUUUACUCUUUCAGUACAAAGAGUUUUUGCAGCUAUACAACAAGCUCACUCAGGACUGUUUCCUUGCCUGUGUAACUAAUUUAAAUUAUCGCAAGGUCACUGCUGAGGAGGUAAGAAGCACGGUAUUAUUGUAGCUGCUAUCUGGUGCUCACCCAUUCAGCAUUAGCCCUGCAGCCCUAUCAGUAGGGGGCUACUCUGGAUUUCAAGGGACUUGGAUGAUCAAAUGGGGAGAAAAAUCACUGAACCCCCAAACAUCCCCUGCCCAGAGACUUCCUACAAAAGGUAAAAUAAUCCCUGGACCAAAAAUUAACCCCUAAAAAGUCCCGUGCCGAAUUUUUGAGCCUUAUACCUCUUGGAUCUCCAUGCCCCUUUAAAACGCAACAGUAAAUUAUUAAAAUGCUCCAUUAUAAACCGGAAGUAUUUACAGAAAAACAUCCGCAGGUUAGAAUACUCUGGCACUACCCAGAAUUAUUCACAAAACUUCAUUGUUUGAAUACUCUGGCACCACUCAGAAUCUUCUUAACCCUACUUUACUCAAACCACCCAAAACAUACUUGCCAAAUUUUCCUGUCCAAAAAAAUCCCAGAAUCAAAAAUUUCAAACCCAGAAGAUUCAUUCGAUCCCCCCAUCACUUGAAUUUCAGAGUACCCUCCCCUCCGCCUGCUGCUGAGGUACUGUACACACUGAACCCUCAUCAGAGGCAGAUCUAGGGGAGGGCCCCUCCUUAUAUUUAGACCAAACUAAGGCCCAAAGGGCCGAAAAAAGGUUUUUUUGAGACCGCCCCUCAUCCUUUAUCUUAGGGUGUGGAUGACCGCCCCCUCCUUAUCUGAAGGUCUGGAUCUGCUACUUCUAAUGAUCACUUCUUGUGGAGGGAGUACUUGACCAAAGUUUGGUCAUUAGAUGAUGUCACUACUUGAACGAAGCCAUACAGGAUUGGUUGGAAAAACAAACAAAAGCAAAAAAUAAUGGUACAUGGCCCAGAAAGAGCUGUGAAGUGCUGGGUCCAAGGAAAUAUGUUUUAGAGGGCUGCCACACAGCUGUUGGGCAAGGUACAAUGCCACUGAGAGUUUGAAAUCUCAUCUGUUCACAGACGUUCCUUUUUCUCUUCUGAGGUUUAUAAGCAUACAAACAAACAAAACUGUGCCGGGGAACUUGUUGACCAUUUGAAUCCCCCUAACCCUGUACAGUGGAACCUCGAUCUAAUGAGGUGCCAAGGAAAUGGGGAAAUUUGUUCGUUAAAUCAAGGGUUCGUUAUAUCUAACAACUCCAUUUAACGAAUUUUGGGGAAAACUACCAAAAUGUUCAUUAUAUCAAGGUAUAGUUAAUAAUUAAUUUACAGAACCCAGCCUUCCCGAAUCUGAGAAAUUACUGUAAUAACAUUUCAGUACCAAGCUAUACAUGGCUACUGCACUAGAAACUCAAGAAGAGGCCAAAAAACUGCUUAAAAGUACUGUACACAUAAAUUUUAUCCUUGUUGGUCUGUUUGGCAUUCAUCUUUUAUCGCAUGCUGACAUUUAUUCAUUAUAUUGAGGUAAAUUUUACGUUUCCGCUUGUGGAUUGUGUUCGUUAUAACAAGGAUUUUGUUAAAUCGAGGUUCUGAUCCAUACAUUUUACCGUAAUUUUGGCCAGGUUGAAGAAAAUUGUUCGUUGUAACAAAGAAUUCAUAAUAUAGGGUGCGUUAAAUUGAGGUUCCACUGUAAUUGUUUAGGAUAGUGGGCAAAAUACCAGUGCUGUUUCUUUUCUGUUCAGGAUGAAUUGCAUGAAAUUGCAUACCCUUAUUCAGGACCAAGUGGCCACAAAAAAAUAAAAGCGGUCCAGUGGCUUAUUCAUUGGCACAUACCAAAGUGACCCUGUACUCAACACUAGGCCUGAUGACUUUCACCUCUUAGACUGCAGUACAGGUUACAUUAUCAAUCUUAUUUUAAAAAGCACACAAAUUUCUAAUCAAUUCUUAUUUUUAUUUUAAAUAGCAGUCAUGUAUUGACACUUGCAGUACAAAGUGGAUGAAUCUCAAUCAACGUCAGAUGGCUGUGUUCAUGGAGGUGGGACCCUUAGCUGAUAAAGCAAGAAUGGGCCAAGGAAUGUGA